UUAAAUACGAAACGGUUCGGUUGGUAUCUUUGCAACACGGUUCGUAAUUCAUUCGUCAUUUUGUUUUGGAUACAAAAAUAAAAAAAAAAAAACAAUCAAAAAGAUUUAUAGAUUCCAUGAAUAAAGGUUUUAAAUCUUAGUCCAACAACAAAACGGUGGUUCGUAUUCGUAUAGGUAGAAAUCCUUUAACUGAAAUCGAAAAGUGAUUGUGAAUUUAGAAAAUAAAACAAAAUAAUCAUCAGCAUAAAGAAAAUUUAACCUUAACAAAAAUGUACACUUAACGAAAGUGCGAUCGAGUUAAAUAUGUUCAACUCCUUAAAAUAGUAGAAAAAAUAAAGUUUCUUUGUAAUUUGUCUUUGACAGAUGUCAAUGUCAAUAGUUUCGCGUGUCAUUUAUCCAUCGCGUUACGUCAUCAACGUUGCUGUCAACUCUGACAAAUUUUGGCUUUGCUACUGCUCCGGGGGCAGUAGUAGAAGACCAUCAUCAGUUGCAGUAUUUUACCGCCGCAUCUGGUAAAAACACUGUGUUUUGGUAUGAGGUUGUCAUAUAUCCUUCCUCUUAUUUGAUUCAAAACCGGAAACAGCAUCAUCAGCCAUCGCAGUGCACUGCAGCGCCCAUCUCAACUCUCAAAAACAUCGCAUCAUAUCACACCACUGCCAUUGCUUUGUUUUUUGGUCGUCGGUCGUUGGUCGUGUGACAGUGACACACAACAACAAAAUCGUCCAGUGCCAGCAGGAUUGGGAGCAGCCGUAGCCGGAACCAGUGCAACGACAUCAUGAAUUGGAUACUUCUUGGUGUUAUUGUCCUAUUGGCGCACAAGGAGUAUGAUGGUAAUUUUUUCGGAAUGGCCAGUCCAUCGCCACUACGUUUGCCAGGACACACACAAAACCUUAGUCCUUUUAUAAGGCAUUGGGAGGCGGCAAAUUACGAUCGGGCACAAUUGCAUGCCGCUCAUCAAAAACACAUCGAACAAAAACGCCAUCGUAGAAAAAGAGAAUUACUCGCAGGCGAGUAUGGGCCAUCCCAUACCAUUAGACUAAGUUUUUUUGCCCACGAUAGAGAGUUUCGUCUUGUUUUGCGCCAGGAUCCGCUUUCUGUAUUUACACCAGAUGUCGAAAUCGAGAAUACCGUUGGACCAAUGGAUUAUGACAUCUCAAGGAUAUACACUGGUUCGUUAGAAGAUGACGAAAACUCUCACGUCCAUGCCAUACUCACAAGUGAUAAUCUCCUCGAUGGGACCAUCGAAACUAGUUCCGAACAAUUUUACGUAGAACCAUCGCAUCGAUAUUCAAAGGAUCUAUCAGUGUCCGGUAUCCAUUCGAUUGUGUAUAAGUUAAGCGAUGUGAACAUGCCGCUGUCGACAUCGUCGUCGGUCUCAUCGUCGUCGUCGUCGUCGUCGUCGUCAUCGUCGUCAUCCACAUCCUCCACAUCGUCAUCAUCAGCGUCGUCUGCAUCAACUGAUGCAAAGAAAUCGGCUGCUGAUUCAGCACCAGCAUCGGGAUCUGCAUCAUCGUCCUUGUCGUCGUCGUCGCAUACAGGAGCAGCAUCUGAACACUGUGCUAGUGAACGAUUACGACGCAGCAUGCUGCUGGAUGACUUAAAACGACGAAAACGAAUGCCUGAUGCCAAGUUGAAGCUCGAGGAAAUCUUCUCAAGCGUUGACAAUAGCAAUAAAGUCGAUAACUCAAAUGAUAUAUCGAUUUCGCAUAACCGCCGGAAGAGGUGGCUUCCGGAUGAGCAAAUCACAGAAGACAGAAAUCCAUCACUUCCACUCGAUCUGGAUGUACCAUACAACGAUGAUUAUAGUAUAUUAAGUCACGAUACAAGUAGCAGUAGUAGUAAUGAGGAUGUCUCUAGGACACUCUCGGCCGAUAUUAAUCGAAGCCCACCUAGGGAAAAGUUGCCCGACCAACAGGAAGUCACAUGGCACAAUAACGUGCCCAUCUACACAACUUCCUCCAAUCGCAAUCGCAACAUCAUUGUGAGCAACUAUGAUCCUAGUAGUGAUAUUAGUCAUAAUAAUAAUAAUUAUAAUAAUUUUAAUAAUACAAAUAAUUUCAAUGCAAAUAACAAUAUUCGAAAGACAUUUACCAAGCACAAGAAUAUCCUUGUGAGUAGUUUCAACAAUCGUAGUUUGGAUGAUUCUCUGGGAUCAUCGGUGUCCUCCGAUGGAAAUUUUAUAAAUAAUUUUUUCAAUACCAAUUGGACGACAAUGUUUGGAGGUAGUAGCAGCAGUGGCGGAAGUAGUGGCAGUGGCAGCGGCAUUGGUACGACAAAUGGUGGCUCAUCAUCGUCAUCACGUCCAAGUCAUAAGACACAUGUUGAAAUAAUAACCAAGAAUGGAGCGACCAAAAAGCCAAAUAUCAUCGUGAAUAACUACAAUCCAGAUGUGGUUAUGUCGCAGAAUUAUAAUGGAAUGAUGAGCAGUCGACCGUCAUCAUCAGCGGAUAUGCAUGAUCCUGGAAGUAAUGCUGCUGCACGAGCGAUGUACGAUAGGAAGAUAACGUGUAUGCUCUAUCUGCAAGCGGAUCAUACGUUCUUUCAGAAAAUGGGCUCGGAUGAGUCGAGCAUUGAGGCCAUCACCAGACAUGUUCAGAGGGCCAAUUCAAUUUACAAAAAUACCGAUUUUAAUGGCGAUGGCAAAGCUGAUAAUAUCACAUUUAUGAUAAAACGAAUUAAAGUUCAUAAUUCGAAUGCUGUUAAGGAUCCUGGAUAUCGAUUUCCUGGCAAUUAUGGGGUGGAAAAGUUUUUGGAGUUGUUUUCAGAGGAAGAUUAUGACGCAUUUUGUCUAGCGUAUAUGUUUACGUAUCGUGAUUUUGAAAUGGGAACUUUAGGACUUGCAUGGACGGGUGAUCUAAAGAACGCUGGAGGUGUAUGUGAAAAGAAUGGGCACUAUAGAGGUUCAUUGAAGUCACUUAAUACUGGAAUUGUGACUUUGCUAAACUAUGGAAAACACGUACCACCAGCUGUUUCACAUGUCACUUUGGCACACGAAAUCGGUCAUAACUUUGGAUCGCCGCACGACCCGGAGCAAUGCACGCCUGGUGGUGAGGAUGGGAACUACAUUAUGUUUGCCCGCGCCACCUCGGGUGACAAGCGUAAUAACAACAAAUUCUCUCCGUGUUCACUGAAAUCCAUCGAACCCGUCCUUAAUGCAAAGGCGCGCAGCGUCAAAGGCUGCUUUACCGAACCGCAGACGUCCAUUUGUGGCAACGGUGUCGUCGAACCGGGCGAACAAUGUGACUGUGGAUGGGAGGAGGACUGCAAGGACAGCUGCUGCUUCCCAAUGUCUCGGCACGCCAGACUCGACGAAAGGCCCUGCACGUUAACACCCCGCGCCAUGUGUAGUCCAUCACAGGGCCCUUGCUGCACCACCGAUUGCAAAUUGAAGUUCGGUGACAAGUGUCGCGAUGACAAUGGCUGCCGUGAUCCAAGUUUCUGUGACGGACGCAUGCCGCAAUGCCCGGCAUCGGUGAACAAACCUAACAAGACCAUCUGCAACAAGGAGUUCGUCUGCUACAUGGGCGAAUGCACGGGCAGCAUAUGCCUGGCGUACGGAUUAGAGUCCUGUCAGUGUAUACCUGGGCCAAACGACCCCAAGACAAAGUCUUGUGAGCUGUGCUGCAAGCAGCCGGGCGAGGGCCAGGCGUGUCGCAGCUCCUUCGAAUGGAACGAACCACCGUUUGACGUGCCAGAUAUGUUCGCUAAGCCCGGAACACCAUGUAACGAUUACAAUGGAUACUGUGACGUCUUCCAGAAAUGUCGUGAAGUUGAUCCUUCCGGUCCAUUGGCCACACUCCGCAAGCUGCUCUUGUCUGAAGAAAGCAUAGCAUCCUUCAAGAAGUGGAUACAAACAAAUUGGUACACAGUGGCCUUGGCCAUUGUCGGAGUUUUCCUCCUGCUGAUCCUCAGCACGAAAUUGCUAGCCAAGCGAUCCAACUUAAAACUAAAAUCGGUCACAAUAAUUCACAGUGCAACCACAGAAACGGUACGCUUGCCCGAAGACAACAACGGCGUGAUCGUGCACACGGCCGUCCGUACAAAAGUGCCCUUCAAGAAAAAGGUUCGCGGCGAACGAGCCGUCAAGACAAAACUAAUCAGCAACAAAACUGCUAAUGGUAUAGCAGCAGUAGCAGCAGCAGCAACUACCGCAACAAGCAGCAAUUCAAAACAACAUAAUCUCUUCAGCGGAAAACAACAACGCGAUGCCAUUCUCAAGAAGCCAACAAGGAAAAAGAAUCGUGUUGCCGCACCCUUACCAACCAAGACUGCACCAGCACCUCCAACUGCCACCGCCCCCAACAAUACCACCAUCACCGGUACUGAAGAGAAUAUCCCGCCUUUAUCGAAGCCGAUAAUUGAGACAAAAUCAAAAUCUAAAUCUAAAUUCAGCAAGAAACACAAGGAAAUCAUUGAUUAUUCGAAUGGCAGCCGACUGCCAUCUAGUGGACAUACGAACACCUUUGGAAAGGUGCACAAGUGGCUGCUGGAAUCACCGAUCGUGUCGCAGCCUCUAUCGCACAUUGAGCAUUCAUCAAAAGUCCGAAAAGUCAUGUCAAAGUCACAAUCAACGCCCGAACGACUUGUCCAGAAGUCACCUCAGAAGACUAAGUCGGUGGGCAAUCUGAGCAACGAAAAGGUUAAGCUUCAAGUUGUCUAUAAGCCUCCGUUUAAAUUCUCUCUGAGGCUCUCGAAGAACUCAGCUGUGAAAACGCAUGUGAUAGGAAGCGGCUUGAAGAAAAUAAACCGAAAGACUCGCUCUAGUGAUAAAAAGCGAGUCAAUGCCACUGCAAUAGCUCCAGACCGUCUGGGAAGUGAACGUGGCAAGAGAACCGCUUUCCUUCUGCGACAGAAUAUAGAGGAGGAGAAUCAAGUCCUGACCAACAGUGAACCCAACUAUGAGACUUUGAAUCCCAAGAACCCUCCAAUGAUUCCAGCGGACUGUUCCCCGCUGUAUGAGAACAUGCUGCCAGGGAUGGGUGAAGUCAAAGAUUCCAAACCCGGAACAUCAAAAACCUCGGGACGAAUGAGCUCGGGACACAUGAGUCGCAGUUCGAGCAACACAACGUUGAACGCUGUCCAGCCCCAGCCACACAGCUACAGCCGCAGCAAUUCCAUAUCAAACCAGUCCAAUGCUGCAGCAAAGCACCCAGCGAGUCGCAAGUACAGCGACAACUCCGUGCAUCUGAAUCGCAACUUCGGCAGCACCCAGAAUCUCAUCCACCCAAGCAGCAGUCAGACUAACCUCUCCAAGUCGAAGAAACGCAGCAGCCUCAAUCUCAAGACUUCUGCGUCAACUGCCGCCGCUGCGGGACACUUUCAGCCUCCAACAAAGCGCAGCACUUCCAAUCUGAACCUGCGCCGUGAAAACUCCGCAACCAAGGACACCGAAACACCGUCACCGCAACAACCACCGCCCUUGAAGCGCAGCUCCAGCAACAACACUCAGCCAGCAGGCCUUCCCCCGCCCCUCCUUCUACCCCCACAACGAGGCUCAAUAGCCCGAGGGAGCUUUAGCAACAUACCCCGAGCCAGUCUUAAUUUCCAGCGUCAAUCAUCUCAACCUAGUUGUAGCAACAAUACUAGUAGUAGUUUUAGCAAUCAUCAUCAUAGCAUAAGUAACAAUAGCCCCCACACUGCCACCUGUGAUGAAACCAGCAACAAGAUUCGUCCCUUCGACUGGACGCAAUCUUCUAGCGGUUCUAAUAGUCAUAACAGCAACAGUAGCAGCAGCAAUCAGGACAAAAUCAAAAGAGGCAGCCGUAAUAGUAGUGCAUCGCCCGGGCUGAUGCACCACCAACUUCAAAACCAUCAGCUUCACCAACAACAGCAACAACUGCCCUCUGACCUCGAGGUAAUGGUCUCAGAUGUAGAAAAUUUGGUUAGUUAGGAAUUAUUUAAAAUCUUUAUGUAAGAAUUUAUUAUUUUUACGAAUAUUAUAAUAUGUAACUGUAACUACGUAAGUUAAGUUUUUCUUUGGGGGGAAUUUUAUUGAGUUGAACUUUUGUUUCUAUUAACAAUCUUUGUAGGCACUGAUAAAGCAAUUUUUAGGAAGAUUAAAUAAAUGAUAAAUAAUUAAUUAUAUUAUACAUUAUGUACGACUACGAGUAAAUGCUUUGCAAACUGA